AAUGCAGUUGUUAACGUUACAGUGACGUUUUGAUGUUGUUAUUCAAUUGUUAUACAAAGCAAUGACUGAAUUCAAGUGGUGACAAAUUAAUUAAGUGCUUUUAUUGUGUUUCAUUUAUAACUUCAGCAUGGAUAUUUGCUUCAAUAUUGUGUUUUUUUAUCUGGUAUUUGUGCACGCCCAAGUUUGCGCAGAAAUUCCAAGCGAGUGUACGGGCUGUGGUUGCUGUGUACCCCGUCUAUAUACAUGUGAUCAAAACGAUAACUGCUAUAAUGGAUGCCUAGAUGGAUAUUGGGGUAAUAGGUGUUAUAACAAAUGUCUAUACCGCAACUGUAUAAAAUGUGAUCGUUAUAACUGCUAUCAGUGUAAAACAGGUUUUUAUGACAAAAAGUGUGAAUCCUCAUGUGGAUAUCAGUGUAAAACGUGUAACCGUUGGAAUGGUUGUACAGAAUGUAACACGGGGUAUUAUGGUUCUAGGUGUGAAAAGCAUUGCGGAGACUAUUGUGCAAGUUGUGAUAAACAAAUUGGAUGUACUGUAUGCGAAGCUGGAUAUUAUUCCAACAACGGAUUGUGCCGCCAAUGCUAUUAUAAAAGCAUUGGAUGCACAUGUACAGAAUACAAAAAUUGCAUUGAUUGUAUGGUUGGGUAUUUCCCGAAUAAAGAACAAUGUUUACGAUGUCCAAAUACCUGUACAUCGUGCACUAGUUCUACACAGUGCACUUCCUGUUCGGACGGUCGAUUUGGAAGUAUGUGUCAAUAUCAAUGUGCAGAAACAUGCAUACACGGUAGUUGCUUUUCAAAGUACGCUACUUGUCAGUGCAAUUGGUAUUAUACUGGGGACACAUGUGAUCAGUGUUCCUCGGGAUAUUAUGGUCAUGAAUGCAUGCAGGCGUGUUCAGAAGGUUGCUCCUCUGAUACCUGCUCGCAGAAUGACGGAUCUUGCACAUGCAAAGAUGGAUGGAAGGGUGUUAAAUGUGACAGGUGUGCUGAUCGAUAUUUUGGAAACAAGUGCGAUAUGAAAUGCAAAAGAAACUGUGAUUCGUGUAAUGGAUUGUACAAUUGCGAGGUUUGUAACUUGGGUAAUUAUGGAAGUUAUUGUCAACACAGUUGCGGCAAAGGUUGUACUGAAAAUCAAUGCGAAAAGCGGACAGGAAAUUGCUCCUGUAUAAAUGAGUAUUUCAAAUCAACAAACACACCGCAUUGUAAUGAAUGUGUUACCGGCAGAUACGGUCAGGCGUGUGAGCAAACCUGUUCUAAUGGGUGUUAUACGUGUGAAAACGAGACUUACUGUUCUUCCUGCCAUGACGGGCACUUUGGUAUAUCCUGCCAAAUGCUUUGUCCUGAUGGGUGCCAAGAGAAUAAUUGCAAAAAGAAUGAUUGAUCGUGUUUAUUUUGC